CACGAACAAGCCUGGUCCCUCGAUAGUAGUCAAUGUAUUAGCCGUGCCGUCCCGCGAGUCGCAUCGCAACACAACUGAGCCGCGCUUUAAACCGAGGGCAAGCUGCGACUGUCUUAAAGAGGCUCGAGCUGGGAUCUCUGUUGCCUCUUCUCUUCUUCUUUUCUUUAAGAAAACCACCCCAUUGCCACGGCCAUACACCGGUUUCUUGUUCCUUUGCAUUCCCUACUUCUCCUCCGCGUUUCUCUCCUUGUUUCUCGCUCUCUCUAUUUUGCAAUCUACUCUUUUUAUUCUAAUCUCUCUUGAUCCGAGGUCGGGGCCUCUCUCCGUCUCCCUUCACCAUCGCCAUCAUGUCCGGGCCACCGUCUCGCAUCCGCUCAAUUCUCGGCCAUCUCAUUCCUCACCAAACUCCGCCUCCUCACAUUCACCAUCUGUCGCCAACAUUCUUCCUCGAGCGCGCUGCAUCCAUUGAGCCGAAUGCCGAGGCAAUCUAUCACAUCACCUCCAACGGCGCCAUCUUGCACCGCACCUACCAGGAAUUCGCCGAUCGCGCCAGAGGCCUGGCCUAUUAUCUGAAAAAGCACGGCUUCAAGCGCGUUGGCAUUCUCGCGCCCAACACGCCGGCGUUUCUUGAGGCCAUCUACGGCAUCCCGGCGGCUGGUGCAGUGAUUGCGCCCGCGAACUACAGGCUGAAGCCGGACGACAUUGCCUACAUCUUUGAGUUUGCAGAGGUCGACAGCAUCAUUGUCGAUCACGAGUUUGUCCAUAUGUUGGAUCAGUUCAAGGAGAAACACCCCAAGGUUCCUUUAAUUAUUGAUUCGGAUACCGACGCCACAGAAGGCCAGCUCUGCGGACCUUUCGACGAAGCCGUGUUGGAGGGACUCAACUAUGAUCGCGCUACGGGCAAUGCAGGAUGGGCUGGUCUCCAUGCGCAUGCUACCAAUGAGGAUGAUAUGAUUGCCAUUCCUUUUACCUCUGGCACCACCUCCCGGCCCAAAGGAGUCGUCUUCACUAACCGAGGUUCAUAUCUUGCUGCUAUGGGCAACAUCAUUGAGUCUGGACUUAAUCAAGGCCGUUGCAAGUACCUGUGGACGCUACCUAUGUUCCACGCCAUUGGAUGGACUUUCCCAUGGGCUGUUGUGGCGGUGCGCGGCUUGAAUGUCUGCCUGCGAAAGAUUGACUACCCACUCAUCUGGAAGCUCUUGAAAGAGCAAGGCAUUACUCAUUUCAACGCGGCUCCCACAGUCAACACUCUCUUGGUAGCAGCAAAGGAGGCCGAAAGACUCCCCCACGAAGUCCGAGUAACGGUUGCAGCUAGCCCGCCAAGUGGCCAUCUCUUUGAGCAAAUGACCAACCUUAAUCUCAUUCCUGUUCAUGUUUAUGGAAUGACAGAGACUUAUGGGCCUCUCACAAAAUGCUACGUCAUGCCAGAAUGGGAUGAUCUUCCACCGCAGGAGAAGUACGCCAAAAUGGCUCGCCAGGGACACGGCUUCAUCACCAGUCUUCCCAUCCGGAUUGUCAAGCAAGAUCAGCCCGGCGGAGUCCUGGUAGACGUGGAAAAGAACGGGCAAGAGAUUGGCGAAAUCGUCUUCUUUGGAAACAUUUGUGCCAAGGAAUACUACAAAGAUCCCGAGGCCACACGAAAGCUCUUCGAGGGAGGCGGCCUGCACUCGGGUGAUUUAGCAGUAUGGCAUCCAGACGGAAGUGCUCAAAUCCUGGACCGUGCCAAGGAUAUAAUCAUCUCUGGUGGUGAGAACAUCUCCUCGGUGGCUCUGGAGAGCAUGCUGGUUGAGCAUCCCGACAUUCUCGAAGCCGGUGUGGUAUCGGUUCCAGACUCUCACUGGGGUGAGCGACCCAAGGCAUAUGUCACAGUCAAGGAGGGUAAGAGCCUGCUUGGGGAAGAUGUGAUCAACUGGGCCAAGCACCAGAGCAACAUUAGCAAGUUCAUGGUGCCCAGAGAAGUCGAGGUGGUCAAGGAGCUGCCCAAGACGAGCACGGGCAAGAUUAAGAAGAAUGACCUUCGGCAAUGGGCCAAGACUGGGCGUAAGGAGUAAAAGAGGAGGCAAUGGGCAAAUAGCGAGGGUUUUGGGACUUUGUUUGGAUUGUAGAGCGUCUUGACUUGUUUAUCAUUUUGGUGGAUUAAGAUGGAUUAAGAUGAAUUAAGAAGAUAGACGUCUUGGUUAACGACCGGAAUUCAUGUGCUUGGAAAGCACUGGAUACAUGUAUGCAGAAUAGAUAUGUACCUAAACUCUGCCUGUUUGGAUGCUGAUUGAUCUAGAAUUUUCGGCAAGAAUCUAAGUUGCAUCUAACCUGUUCAAAAGCACAAUUCUUG